AUGAGUGACGAAUCCAACGGGGUGCCGGCCACCGGCACACCUGAACACUACGCCAUUGGUAUUGCCUUCGGAAACUCUUACAGUUCGAUAGCACACAUUUCCGGAGAAGGCAAGGUUGAGGUCAUUGCCAACGAAGAAGGCGAUCGUCAAAUCCCUUCCGUCUUGUCCUAUAUCGAGGGAGAAGAGCACCAUGGGACACAAGCAAAAGCGCAGUUGGUCCGCAACAGCAAGAACACCGUCGCAUCCUUCAGAGACUACGUUGGGAAGGAUUACAAGUCAAUAGACCCGACACCCUGCCAUGCCUCAGCACAUCCUAUCGAGUCCGACGGUCAGAUUCACUUCUCCAUAAAAGAUACAGAAAGCGAAACGGAAAACAAAGUCUCGGUCUUGGAGAUUACCGCCCGACACUUGCGACGACUGAAGAACUCGGCCUCCGACUUUGUUGGCAAACCUGUGACGGCGGCUGUUGUGGCCGUGCCCACCGACGUCAGCGAUGAACAAAAAGCGGCUUUGUCCAAAGCUGCGGAGAGUAUCCAGCUUGAAAUCUUACAAUUCAUACCCGAGCCCAUUGCUGCCCUCCUUGCAUACGACUCGCGGUCAUCGAACCCUACCGCGGACAAGAAUGUGCUAGUUGCAGACUUCGGUGGAAACCGGUCCGACGUGGCGGUGAUUGCUUCAAGAGGAGGAAUGUACAGCAUUUUGGCCACGGCCCACGACUACGAACUAGGUGGGGCGCAGCUUGACCAGAUCCUGGUCGACCACUUUGCCAAAGAAUUCGAGAAAAAACACAAGUCCGACCCACGCAAAAACGAGCGGAGUCUGGCCAAGUUGAGGCUCGAGGCUGAAGCAGUCAAGAAGGCGCUCAGCCUAAGUGCCAGCGCCACUUUCAGUGUGGAAAGUCUUGCGGACGGAGUGGACUUCCGAUCGACGAUCAACAGGACUCGAUAUGAUAUUCUUGCCCUGAAAACCUUCGCCCGGUUCACCCGGCUUGUCGAGGAAGUGAUCAAAAAGGCGGGCCUCGAUGUUCUGGACAUCGAUGAAGUGAUUCUCUCGGGCGGUACCUCGCAUACACCCAAGAUUGCCAAAAACAUCGAGGCCAUCUUCCCGGAGUCGACUCAAGUGCUGGCCCCUGCGACCACCACGACGGCUUUGCACCCGUCCGAGCUCUCGGCAAGGGGUGCGGCCCUUCAAGCGUCUCUAAUCCAAGAAUUCGAGAAGUCGGACAUUGACCAAUCCACGCACGAGAUGCUGACCGUGACGCCACACCUUGCUGCCGCGAUCGGCUACCAAGUGAGCGGUCAAUCUGCAGACGCGUUCACGGUGAUCGUUCCGGCCGAGACUGCUGUGCCUGCUCGGAGAACCCAAGUGAUUGGAGGGCUGCAAGGGGAUGUGUUGGUCCGGAUAGCCGAAGGAGAACGCGAGAUCAAGGUGACCCAAGCGGCGCCGAAAGCCAAGCCUGAGACCAACGGAAGCAAGGAAGGAGAUGACGAUGAUGACGACGAUUCGGAUAUCGACGAGGACGACGAGCCCGAAGAGAUCCGCGAGAAGGUGUGGAAACCCAAGCAAGCCCUGGCCGAGUUUGUCUUCAGAGGCCUGCCCAAGGGCUCCAAGGUCGAAGUCACGGUCAAUAUCGACGCUGAGCAGGUCGUGUCGAUUACCGCCCGGCCGGUCGGAGGCAAAGGAGGGCUGCGAGGCGAAAUCAAGGCUGCCGAGUCCGCGCAGAAUGGCAGUGCAUGA